AUGUUUCCAGCGAACCUGGUUCAAGCCACUUUUCAGCAGUAUCGAACCCAGAGAGUUCCUGAGCUCAUCCCCAAACCAACGGUGGCUCAGCUCCUGGAUGAAACCACCACGCGCAGGGUCUACAUCUACGGCAUCCAGGACGACAAUGGCACAGAUAUACAGAAUUUCUCCCUGGAUCUCACGCCACCGCCUGAUGUCAUCAUGAAAACAUCACCUGGUACCAGUGAAGGCAUGAAUGUGCUUGGGAUAGUAAUUUUUUCAGCUACCAUGGGAAUUAUGUUAGGAAGAAUGGGACCCAACGGAAGCGCUUUGGUCAACUUCUGCCAGAGUGUGAAUGAGGCCGUUCUGAAGAUCGUUGCCAUUGUCAUCUGGUAUUUCCCUUUUGGCAUCGUCUUUCUGGUUGCCGGUAAGAUCUUGGAGAUGGAUGACCCUUCAGCCAUGGGAAAGAAGCUGGGUUUUUACGCCAUUACGGUGGUAAUGGGCUUGGUGCUACAUGGCCUUUUCAUCCUCCCGGCCAUGUACUUCUUCAUCACUAAGAAGAGCCCCAUUGUGUACAUAAGAGGAAUUUUGCAGGCCCUUCUCAUCUCCUUGGCCACCUCCUCCAGCUCUGCCACACUGCCUAUCACCUUCAAGUGCCUACUUGAGAACAACCACAUCGACAGACGCAUCAUCCGCUUUGUGUUGCCUGUCGGGGCCACCAUAAAUAUGGACGGCACCGCACUCUACGAGGCUGUGGCAGCCAUCUUCAUCGCCCAAGUUAAUAACUAUGAGCUUGACUUUGGACAGAUCAUCACGAUCAGCAUCACCGCCACGGCAGCCAGUAUCGGAGCAGCAGGAAUCCCACAGGCUGGACUCGUAACCAUGGUGAUCGUGCUGACCUCUGUGGGCCUGCCCACCGAUGAUAUCACUCUCAUCAUUGCUGUUGAUUGGGCUUUGGAUCGAUUCAGGACCAUGGUGAAUGUGAUGGGGGAUGCACUGGCCACAGGCAUCAUGGCUCAUAUCUGCAGAAAAGAUUUUGUCAAAGAAGGGGAGCAG